GGCUGGGGACCAGGAUGGAAAUCCGCCUCUGCGCUCUGCGGCAUCUGUGGCGUCACGUGGGCGUGGCUUCGGCUAGAAGAAGGGCGGGACCACGGCCGCGAGCCUGACAGUGAACGCCACUCACACUUGGGGAAGCGCUAACGGGACAGCGGUGCAAGCCAAUCGCAGCCAGUCCUCUGGAGGCAGGGAGUCUGGGGUGGAGACUUCAGAGACUGCAGUUGCAGUUCUAAGAACAGAUGAAACUGGCUAUGGAUAAUUCAUAUGAUUUCAACCAACGAACCUCAUGCAAUGGAAUUCCAUCUGAGAAGAAAAACAACUUACUUGUGUCAGAAGAUCAUGGCCAGAAAAUUUUAAGCGUACUACAGAAUUUUAGAGAACAAAAUAUCUUUUAUGAUUUCAAAAUAAUCAUGAAGGAUGAAAUAAUCCCUUGUCAUCGUUGUGUGUUAGCAGCAUGCAGUGACUUUUUCAGGGCUAUGUUUGAAGUAAACAUGAAAGAAAGAGAUGAUGGAAGUGUUACCAUUACUAACUUAUCCUCCAAAGCAGUGAAAGCAUUUCUUGAUUAUGCCUAUACUGGAAAAACAAAAAUAACAGAUGAUAAUGUGGAAAUGUUCUUCCAGUUGUCAUCAUUUCUUCAAGUUUCCUUCCUAUCCAAAGCUUGCAGUGACUUUUUAAUAAAAAGUAUUAAUCUUGUCAAUUGUUUACAGUUAUUAUCUAUAUCAGAUAGCUACGGCUCUACCCGUCUGUUUAAUCAUGCAUUGUACUUUGUACAACAUCACUUUUCUUUAUUAUUUAAAUCCAGUGAUUUCUUAGAGAUGAAUUUUGGAGUACUGCAAAAAUGUCUGGAAUCAGAUGAAUUAAAUGUUCCUGAAGAAGAAACUGUACUGAAGGUUGUCCUUAGCUGGACUAAGCAUAACUUAGAAUCAAGGCAAAAACAUCUGCCUCAUUUGAUUAAAAAAGUAAGAUUACACCAGUUAUCUGAGGAGACACUUCAAGACUGUCUGCUCAAUGAAGAGUGUUUGCUCAAAAGCACAAACUGUUUUGACAUAAUCACGGAUGCAAUUAAGUGUGUGCAAGGUUCUAGUGGCCUUUUUCCUGAUGCUCGACCAUCCACAACUGAAAAAUACAUAUUCAUUCAUAAAACUGAGGAGAAUGGAGAAAAUCAAUAUACUUUUUGCUAUAAUAUUAAAACUGAUUCAUGGAAAAUACUGCCACAAUCACACUUGAUUGAUUUGCCAGGAUCUAGUCUGUCUAGUUAUGGAGAGAAAAUAUUCUUGACAGGUGGUUGCAAAGGGAAGUGUUGUAGAAAGGUUCGACUUCACAUUGCUGAGUCCUAUCAUGAUGCCACCGAUCAGACUUGGUGCUACUGUCCAGUCAAAAAUGAUUUCUUCUUGGUAUCAACUAUGAAAACACCAAGAACAAUGCAUACAUCAGUUAUGGCUCUCAAUAGAUUAUUUGUCAUAGGUGGAAAGACUAGAGGUUCUCAGGACAUUAAAAGUCUCUUAGAUGUUGAAUCUUAUAACCCUCUUUCCAAAGAAUGGAUAUCUGUUAGCCCAUUACCCAGAGGCAUAUACUAUCCAGAAGCAAGUGCAUGCCAAAAUGUGAUUUAUGUUCUUGGAUCAGAAGUAGAGAUUACAGAUGCCUUUAACCCAUCACUAGAUUGCUUCUUUAAAUAUAAUGCUGUAACUGAUCAGUGGUCUGAACUAGUAGCAGAGUUUGGGCAGUUUUUUCAUGCAACGUUAAUUAAAGCUGUCCCAGUAAACUGCACACUAUAUAUAUGUGACCUUUCCACCUAUAAGGUGUAUAGUUUUUGUCCAGAUACUUGUGUUUGGAAGGGUGAGGGGUCUUUUGAAUGUGCAGGCUUUAAUGCAGGUGCAAUUGGAAUUGAAGAUAAAAUUUAUAUAUUAGGCGGUGAUUAUGCACCAGAUGAAAUCACAGAUGAAGUGCAGGUCUACCACAGCAGCAGGUCUGAGUGGGAAGAAGUUUCACCGAUGCCAAGAGCCUUAACUGAAUUUUACUGCCAAGUGAUUCAGUUUAAUAAAUACAGGGAUCCAUGGUUUUCUAAUCAUUUCUAAUACUAGUAUGUUAGAAUGUGCUUAGUCAUUCUAAAAUUAUUCCAGUUAUAGUAACCUACAGUAAAUUUGUUUACCAUAGAUUUGGUAAAAAGGUCUUUACAGCUUAAUAAAGUGUUCCUGCUAUUAGAAAAUCACUAUGUAUGUUCAAUGUAUAUGAAUAAGCAGUUCCCAGAAACUUUAAAAUAUGAAGUGCAUUUUACCAAAAACUAUAUUGAAUUUAAUUUAGCCUUGGAGAAUCCAGAAUAUUUAGUGUUUCAAUGUGUAGGUAAGUCAGUCAUCAGCUUUCGACACUUUGCUUUUUAACAUACUUUAUCCAUGAAAGACUAAUAAAAACAAAUCAAAAUUUCACAUAUUCUAUAUAGAUGGGGGAAAUCUUGGAAUAAAAAUGUGUAUGCUCUAUAUUAUAUGAAGUGAAAAAUCAAUUAGAAAUAGGUGAGAAUCCUACCUUGUUACUACAGGGGAAGAGUUGCUGAAUUCAUUUUUUUUCUGAUCAUUACUUUAUCAUUUUGGGAUAAGAAAUUUUUCUAAAAUGCAAUAUAUGUAUUUCCGUAGUCUUCUAAACAGCACAGUAAAUGUAGUUUAGCCUUUUUUAUGAUGCAACUCUUCAUUAAGAGCAUAAUGUACCAUGUUAUAAUGCCAUAAUGCCAGUGGCAUUUACUUAAUGUUUGUAAAAUUGCUGAUUCUAUUAGUUUUUACUAUCAGUUAGUUUCAAUUUCUAGCAGAAUUAUCUCCUAGUUUCUGGCUCAAGCUUAAUAAGUUAAUAUUCUGGAUUUAAUGAGUAGUUCUAAAUUAAACCCAGCUUGAGUUUUAUUGUUACAUAAGUAUAAACCAUUGAGUGUACUACAUUUUUGAAUUCUGGGAUGUAGACCUAAAAUACAUUUUCUGUUUCCUUGCCAGGUUCUAAUAUAAUUGAGGAUGCAGGAAAAGUUGACCUUUAGAUAGGUGGACCAUUAUCAAUAUAUUUCUUAAACUUUGUCCAAAUUGAGCUACAGCAAAAAAUUUCUAGGAUUUAUAGUGCCACAUCAAUGUUCUAUGGUGAUAUAUCCCAAUUAUAAAACAUCAUAUUAGUUCACUACUUCAGUUAAAUUACAGUGAAUUACCUUCUAAAUUAAAGAGGAAAUGACUGGGCUUUUAGUAUUGACAAUAUUCACACCUCGCAUUUGUUUAGAUGUUUAGCCUUUAACCCAAACAAUGAAAGAACAUGGAUCAUCCUUGUUCUCAGCUAGAUGAUUCUGCCUGGCAAGAGGGUAUGUUUCUUUAAUAAGUUUAAAAUAUGUAGGUGUUUUAAGGCCCCUGAUUUAUAUCUCAGGUAAUACAUACGUGGUGGUUCUCUAGAACCAAAAUUAGCUUCCUAUACUCCCUAACAAAUGUUAACCUACAAUAAAUGUAUUUAUUCUUAAGUAUGUUCCUAAGUGGAAAUAUGAGGGGUCUUCACAAAGUUCAUGAAAAAUGCAUGUUAUUAAACAUCUAUGCAUGGGUUUCAAAAUGUUUUGCACCAAAGUAAAUUUACCUUUCAAUUCCAUUUUCCAUGAACUUUUGGAAGUACCCUCAUGCAUCUCCAUGAAGAUCCUUUUAUUUUACUAUAUAAUAUAUGCAAUCAUAAGUUUCAGUUUUUCAAAAUUAAACAGAAUAUUAGAGUACAUUUUCAUGCAUUCCAAAUUCAGAGAUCAUAUCUAACCAAAUGACAGUAGCAUGAAGAUUAUUGUGUAGAAUUGAUGGACUUCCUAUAUAAGCACAUGAUGAGUUGACUCUGUCCUUCCCUCUGUGUGUUGUGUAUUUAAAAAGAAAGUUCUGUGGAGGCUCUUAUGUGUGAAUAUUACUUUGGAGGCAAAUUAUGUGAGAAUGAACAUAACACAGGGAGUUAUAUACAUGUGGAUUUACUGAACUGUUAACUUAAGCAAGUAUAUAUAGAAUAUAUUUAAAAUAAAUAUUAUUUUAAUCACCGGCUCUAGGAAUUGUUCAUCUGUUCCAAAAACAGAACUAAAGCAAACUCAAAUCCCUCCCUGAUACUGUUUCAUCUUGAUUUCCUCCAUUAUUCUCAUUGAUUAUUGAUUAUUGAUUUAUGGUAGUAUUUCUAUAAAUGUCUAGCUGUCAAGGCCUGGGUGGCUCCUUCUGCAGCUGAUUAAAUAUAAAGCAGAAGUUUUCUGCCUUAGUUCCUACAAUUCCUGUACUUGCUGCUUAAUGAUUUUCACAUAUUGUCAUUCCUUUACAUCUGCAUCUUUGUGUGCUUCACCUGUUACUACAUUCUGUCUAGUCAGAAAACCAUGAACUCUUCCCUUUUUUACUGGGUUUUUUGGUUUGUUUUUAUUUCCUUGUUACAGCAGCAGUCUGUGCUAGGCUUGGUUCCAUUAACUAAUCUCUCUAAUUCUGCAUCUUUUUGUAAAGGUGGUACUUUCAUUUAAUCUGUCUGCCUUAUUGAGAAAUAGUGUCAUCUUCCGAAUCCUCAAGGAACCCAACAACACAGACCAAAAGAGGCUAUCUCCUCUGGUCUUGCCCACUAUGUGGCUUCACUGUUUAAUCCUACCCAUCAUUCUGGUCUCACACGCCAUUCCGGAUUUCUGGCUUGAAAAUCUCAGGGAUCCCUCAACUCCAUUCUCAGUGCCUCCAGAAGGAGCUCCUUUCCUGUCUGUAAGAUUGGGUAAGAGAAAAUAACCUCCCUUUAGGCCUCUAAGUCUUUUUUUUGUUGAAGUCUGUUUUCAUUUCAUUAAAUCCUUCAACCAAUGCUAUAAUGUAAGAAACAAAAUAAUUCUGUUCAUUAUUCAGAUCACUGUCU